GCUGCUUAAAAUUUCGUAAUCCCGGGUCACAAAUAUUGAGUAACACUACGUAAGAAGAAUACGAGCAUUCUCACCAUGAUUUGACAGUACGCCUCAACCCCUACACUAAAAAAAAAACUGAAAAAGCGUAUUCCUCGAUGAGUACGGAUUCCUUACCACGUAAUUUAAUGGAGCAGAAAGCAAUGGAGCUCCAGCAGCAAUUGCAGGCACUGUUGGACGAAAUUGACCAAAACAAACAGGAAUCGGAAAACAUUAGCAGAGAGAGCGAGUAUCUGUGCCAAUAUAUUGGUAGCAUGAUGGCCUUCCAAAAUCGCCAAACAGUCCCUAAAAAGUGAACAGACAAUCAUGAAAUUUGUUUCAAUGGGAACUCAUUGGCCAAAGAAAGAUGAUUCUGCACUCGAAUAACCAAUUCUGGUCUUCUCAGUAUUGUUCUUUAGUUCCAGUUCAUGUAUAUUAAGAUGAAGUCUUAUUAACAUUACAAAAGCAAAAGUUGUUUUCUUUUUUUUUAACCAUCUGGUACUCGUGGACGGUGACUUUGAAUUCAGAUAAUUUGCAUCCAUCUUUUCUUUCCCUGAAUCACGCUUCAGACAGUUUAUUUGUCUACAAGUAUUUCACUUUAAGAUACUUCUGUUUACAUCCACGAUUAUUUCUUUGCAUUUUGACCCGAUCGAAUGUCAAUUCUUCAACGUUCUUGCAGUCGACGUAGGUAAGGAGUUCGUUUCGUUGUCGAGCAUCCUUUACUUACGCUUUUUCCAAUCCUAUCUCCCCUUUGACCGUUCCCACCUUUUCGUAUUCUUAUUUUCUGCCGUGUUCCCAUUUCGAGUGGGCUCGCCCAUCUUUUCUUUUCCCGUCUGUUCUGUAAUCUUAGUCUUGUUUACUUUUUUUGUUUAUUUUAACUGAAUAUGAAUUAUAAAAAAAGAACAUGAUCCCAUUGAACAAGAUUCAUCGUCAUUCGCGUGUUAUGUUGCAAUUUCAUUCCUAGUCUUUUGAGUAUUCUAGAAUGCACUUAAUCUAAUGCU